ACCGCCAUCCUCCGCCGUCCCCAUCUUUUCCGAUGGCAACUCCACUUUCCAAUUCCACCCUCUUCUCUCCUCCUUCCUUUAACCCUAAUCCCAACUCCACCUUCCUCUCUCGCCAUCCACCAACUCUACAAUUUUCCUCAAAAGCCACCUCCAAAACCCCCAACAACAAUAACAACACCGACUCCGACUCCGAGCAACCACCAUUUCCACCACCGUCGGAGAAGAGGUCAUUUGCGGUGGCUACCGGGGAACUUUUCCUCGGGAUAGCGUCGCGAAUUAUCAAGAGCAGCAAUGCGGUACAACAUGGAUUGAAUUCGGAGGAGAAAGUUAGGAUGUUUGGUGAGGAAUUGGAUGGUAAAAAGGAAUCGUAUUUUUGGAGGAGGUUAACGAAGAGGAAAGAGGAGGAGGAGGAGGUGAUUGCGGCGGUGGUGGACGACGGAGACGUAGUAUGGGAGCAGAGGUUGAAAGACGUGGAAGCGGAGAGAAAGAGGAAGGCGGUGACUAGCCCUGGGUUUAGCUUCUCUGCUGCUGGACUUUUGUUUCCAUAUCAUCUUGGUGUUGCCAAGCUUCUGAUUGAAAAGGGUUACAUUAAGGAUACAACACCCUUAGCUGGUUCAUCAGCUGGUGCCAUCGUAUGUGCAGCGGUUGCAUCAGGAGCAAGUAUGGAGGAGGCGUUAGAAGCUACUAAAAUUUUGGCUGAAGAUUGUCGAAGUAGAGGGACUGCAUUUCGUCUUGGGGCUGUUCUCAGAGACAUUCUUGAACAAUUUCUGCCAGAUGAUGUUCAUAUAAGGUCUAAUGGGAGGGUUCGAGUUGCCGUAACACAGAUUCUUUGGAGGCCUAGAGGGUUACUCGUUGAUCAGUUCGAUUCAAAAGAGGAUCUCAUUAAUGCAGUAAUUACUUCUUCGUUUAUCCCAGGAUAUCUUGCGCCAAGACCAGCAAUCCUAUUCCGAAACCGACUCUGUGUUGAUGGCGGUUUGACUUUGUUUAUGCCACCAACAUCUGCUGCUCAAACGGUCCGAGUCUGUGCUUUUCCUGCCGGUCGUUUGGGAUUGGAAAACAUUGGUAUCAGCCCCGAUUGUAAUCCUGAAAAUAGGGCGACCCCCAGAGAGCUUUUCAACUGGGCAUUGGAGCCAGCAGCCGAUUCGAUUCUUGAUAACCUCUAUGAGCUUGGCUACAUGGAUGCAGCCAUCUGGGCCGCGCUAAACCCAGUCAACGAUUUGGUUCACGAAGACAACCCAUUGGUUAGAUGAUAUGAUUCAGGUUAUUCAGCUGCAGAUAUC